CAUGCAAAAAUGCUUUGGCGUUUACUGGUGAAGCAACAAGCUGCUGUUUUUUUGAGUAUAACAACUACGAUAAGAAGAUAUAUGUGCUUUAUAGGAUUUGUACAGAAGGAUUUACAAUUACUUUAGGGAAUUCUGAAAAAAGUUUCUUUAUUGGUUCGUAGGUUUUAUCCUUUGCGUGUAGGUGUGUGGGAGAUGGACGAUAUCAUGCGGCCCAGCAGCGGCGCUUCAGGCCUCGGACUAGCGUCGGUCUUUCCUCCCGGUCUGCAGGCUAUUUACGGCGAGUGCAGGCGUUUGUACCAGGACCAGCCCAACCCGCUGCAAGUAACGGCCAUUGUUAAGUACUGGCUGGGUGGGCCUGACCCUCUGGAUUAUAUCAGCAUGUACCGGAACUUGGGCUGUCCCGCUCAGGAAAUCCAGGAACACUGGCACUACGUCAGCUUUGGCCUGAGUGACUUGUAUGGGGACAACCGAGUGCAUGAGUUUACAGGACCAGAUGGUCCAAGUGGUUUUGGGUUUGAGCUGACCUUCCGGCUGAAGAGGGAGCCAGAUGAAACAGCGCCACCCACGUGGCCAGCAGAACUCAUGCAAGGCUUGGCCAGAUACGUUUUUCAAUCAGAGAACACAUUCUGUAGUGGGGACCACAUUUCAUGGCACAGCCCUUUGGACAACAGUGAAUCUCGCAUCCAACAUAUGCUGCUGACUGAGGACCCCCAACUGCAGCCUGUGCAGACUCCCUUUGGCCUAGUUACAUUCUUGCAGAUUGUAGGUGUCUGCACAGAAGAGCUGCAGGCUGCUCAGCAGUGGAAUGGACAAGGGGUUCUGGACCUGCUGCGAAGUGUCCAUAUGGCAGGGGGUCCCUGGCUCAUCACGGACAUGCGGAGAGGGGAAACCAUUUUUGACAUUGAUCCACACUUACAACAGGAGCGGGUGGACAAGGGUAUUGAGAGCGAGGGCUCCAACCUUAGUGGCGUUAGUGCCAAAUGCGCCUGGGAUGAUCUGAGUCAUCCACCUGAGGAUGAGGAUGACAGCCGCAGCAUCUGCAUUGGGUCACAGCCUCGACGUCUGUCAGAUAAAGACACAGAGCAGAUAAGGGAGGCUCUGCGGAGGGGGCUGGAGUUAAAUGGCAAGGCUGUCCUUCCUCCCAUCAGCAGUCAGAGACAGAACCACGACCGGCCACAACAAUCAGUGGGCCAUUUGCAGAAGCAGCAAUAUUCCAGGAGUCGGAAGAACAGCUUGGAGAGUGAGAGCUCAACAGCCAUUGUACCCCAUGAACUAGUGCGCACACGGCAACUGGAGAGCGUGCACCUCAAGUUCAACCAGGAGUCCGGCACCCUCCUCCCUUUGUGCCUCAGAGGCCGUCUCUUGCAUGGGCGACACUUCACCUACAAGAGCAUCACAGGGGACACUGCUAUCACAUUUGUUUCCAUGGGGGUAGAGGGAGCCUUUGCCACAGAAGAACAUCCUUAUGCUGCCCAUGGGCCUUGGCUACAGGUGCUUCUGACUGAGGAGCUUGUUGAACAAAUGUUGGAUGACCUCCAAGACCUCACUGCACGGGAGGAGCCCAUCCUGCCAAAGGAGUACAGCUGGCCAGAUAAGAAACUGAAGAUUUCCAUUCUUCCAGAUGGUGCAUUUGACAGUCCCCUACAGUGAACUAAACUUUCCCCCUCCUUCAUUUCCUGAGGCCUUUACAAUAGGUUCUGUCAUACUGAGUGUCUGUAUGUACAUGUCUGCCCUUCAGAUUAGUACUCUCUAUAUCCCUAUUUUGUCAGUGAACUGAAGUACAGGCAUUGGUAGCUUGACUUUUGUUACUGACAAGGGUUAUAUGCUCUUCAUUCUUGUACCCCUGGGAAGUCAAAACCAGAUUGAGGGAUGGAUUAGAGUAGUGUGGAAGAAGGGACCAGGACAGCCCAACUAAUGUAGCUGGACUCACCUUUGCUCUGUUGGAGAAAUUGUAAUAGAAAUGAGGAAUCAUUCUAUAUAAAUGGUGGUUUGUGGAAGUUUUCCUUUUUCCUCAAUAGAACUGUAUGAUUAUACCAAAAAUAUAUUCUGUUGCUAGGAAAAGUAGUUUCAUAUCCAGAUUACAAGGCUGGUUUUAGUAACAGCAUUCCAGUGAAAGCUGACAAACUGAAAUUUAUUUCAGUGCCCAAAGACAAGUGCAUGGUAACAACAAAUUCAGUAAAACAAGCACGCAAGAGUUUGUGUCAAAUUGUUGAUCAGUUGAAGUUACAUUAAUAUUCUGGGGCUGUUUGUAUCUUGAGCUUCUAAACUGAUACUCCCCAGUCAGGAGGCAGCAGGUAGUUGUAAUGUGCUUGACUGAUAGAUUGCUCUUCAGUAUAUUUGAUAAUUUUAUUCUUAAAGUUGCAGGCUUGGAGUUGAGAUCACAUCAGUGCCUUCUCUAUUAUGGCUAGGAGCAAUUUCAGCAUGGUUGUGCAUCAUUGUACAACUCAUGUGUCAAACACAUUUUCACCUGUUGUUUUAGUCACGUGGAGGCCUAACCUACUCUGACCUAAAGUAUCUUAACAGUUAAUGCACAUAUAGUAAAGGUCAAUGUAACGGUUCCAUUUACAUGUGAGGUCAGUUCAUAAUCAAGUCCAUUUUAUUGCCUGUUUUCUGUGAUGACCCUACCCCAAAUCACCUUCCAGGUAGUAUGUUCUGUGCUAGUGUUUUACACAUGUACUCAGAUCGACUACUGCUUUCGCAGCAAUAGGAUAACCUUGGCCAGCCAUUUAUGAUCUUCUGUCAUUUUAAAAAUCUAUGGUGUUAUAAAGUCACAUUUUAGUGCAGAUUUUUAUGCACAUUAACUUAAUUUUGUUAUGUAUUGUAUGAAAUCACUAAACUGCCAGUUUGUAAUCUGAAGAGCAUUAAAAUUAUUUACAUAAUCUA